UUGUCCGUUUAAGGCAUGAAAAGGAAAUUCAGACAAGGAGAUAAUACAGAGAGUUAGUUUGCUAGCUAGGGAAUCAUCUUUUCUUCAUUGGGCAGACAUCACAAGUAAAGUAAAACAAAGCUCAAGAAUGCUGAGCGAUUAAGGUCCAUUUGAUAAACAGCCAUUCAAAAGGAUGGACUUAGUCGGACAAUAACAAUGGUACUAGGUAUUAUGUUUUUAAAUCUCACGUAGAAAGUAAAAUAGAAAGUCCUAUGCUUGGUGGUAGAUUCAUGACCUAAUAACGUAAAUUUUUGGUUCAUUCUUUAGCACGUAUCCAAGAUCCGAGUCGGCAGUGACAGGCAGGGCAGGCAUUACAAAGAAAGGAGUAGAGUGAGAGCCAGGGUUGCCAUAGGCAAGGGUUCACUAGCGGAGGGCUACAUGAAAAGCUAUCCCUAGCCCCUGGGAGAAGAGGACUGUGUGUUGUCAGAGCCGGAGCUCUCAAAAGUAUAGGCGUACAUCUCCGAUGCAUGGUGGCUUCUUGUAUUGCUUUCAAAUUGAAAAGAAAUCCAUGACUUGAUUGCUCAAGUUUUUCGGCCCAACUGUCCUCAUCUUAAUCCUUAUCGCACAACACACAGUUGUUGUAAUUAACAGUCAAACGAGCUUAAGAAGAAAAGUUAGUACACUAGUUUGUAUAUAGUUAAUAGGGUGAAUCGCUGCAGUAAAAGUUUUACAUAUAUACCACGUUUUGGGCCUAUGCUUUGCUAUGAUACCAGGUCCGAAUCUGACCCAAUAAAACUCCUCCACGGACCCAAUAGAGUCUACUUUCUUCUAGUUUGUUUCGACUUUUGUUCUCCGACCCAACCAAAAGGCAAAUUGUUAGUCAUUCGUCAAAUCUCCCUGCUCCUGUUUAUGAACUCAUCGAACUGAAACUGAUUGAACCCAGAAAAGCUCCAAGCCAGAAAAUGGCAUCCACUACCCAUCAAGGAGAGUCCUCAUCAUCAUCGUUCUCCGAGGACUGGCGGCAUCGUAUAUUGAUCCCAACAAUCCUUGCAGGGGUUGCUGGUGGAGGAGUUGGUUUGGUGUCAAAGCAUCGAAAAGUUCAUGGCCUAGCUAAUAUUUCAGCUACUUAUGCCGCUAAUUUCGCUAUUGUCACUGGCUGCUAUUGUGGAGCACGUGAAUUUGUGAGAGUAACUCGUAAAACGGGACCUGAUGAUCUACUGAACUCUGCAAUUGCUGGAUUUGGUACAGGUGCUCUACUGGGUCGUCUUCAAGGUGGUCAACUUGGUGCUUAUCGCUAUUCGAUCAUCUUUGCUGCUGUUGGAACUGCAGCGGAUUUUGCUGCACUCAAAUUAAGACCUAAAUUACGCAACUUCAGUGAAUCUAUGUUUGACAAGAAUAGUGGUGUGCUUAAGUUGCCAGAAUGGUCUCCUAUACAAGUUCUUGAUGAAGAAGCCCUUGCUGCAAAACAAGCUCGAGAAGAAAAACUCUUUGCACAGAGAGCACUUGGUAAACUAAGUAAAGAAGAAUCCUGACAGUGGGCUAUGAUUCAUGUAUCCUGGUCUUUAAUGCUUAUACAAUUAUCAAUAAUAAUGUUUUUGGAUAGAGCUAGUUCAGCUAUUUGGCAGCUAAUAUUGUCUUUGUUGGGGAUUAAGUUUUGGUUCCCGCUUUUUUUUUUUUGUAAUAUUUUCUGAUCAUCUUGUUAUACUUGCUGUCACCCCGGUGGGAAUUUGUACUAAUGAACUUUGUUCCUAGGCAAAAAUUAGUGUAGGUUACUUA